AUGGUCUCCGCGAAGAAGCACAUUCCUAUUGUCAAGAAGCGCACUGCGCGCUUCAACCGACACCAGAGCGACCGCUUCAAGUGCGUUGAUCCGUCAUGGAGGAAGCCGAAGGGUAUCGACAACCGCGUUCGUCGACGAUUCAAGGGCCAAGCUCCUAUGCCAAAGAUUGGCUAUGGCAGCAACAAGAAGACUAAGCACCUGACUCCUUCCGGCCACAAGAUCUUCCUUGUCAACAACGCUAGCGAUGUUGACCUCCUCCUUAUGCACAACCAGACUUACGCUGCAGAGAUCGCACACGCAGUGUCGGCACGGAAGAGAAUCGAGAUCAUCGCGAAAGCGAAAUCGCUGGGCGUUAAGGUUACGAACGCGAAGGCCAAGGUCACCACCGAAUCAUAA